UGACCGAAGUAAAUGCAAAUCUUCUCUGGAGAAAAGUAAGAUGCCUUUAGAAUUCUCACAAAUUAAGACCAACAAAAGACUUGCCUUCAAGGUGUUCAAAUAAGGACUUAUCUCCAGAAAAGGACACUAAUAAAACAGAAUUAUCUCAAUGGGAAAUGAAUAACAGGCUUGAAAAUUGUGAGCUUUCAGAGACCAAUUUCAGAGAUUAUUUGAAAGUCAGAGGCAAGUUGAAGAAGCAACAAGAAAAUCAGAAGGACUAUUUCAGGCAGGGGAUGAUCAUAUAUGACAAUAUGUCCAUUUUCAACCAUCAUACCUACUUAUCUCAACAUCCAAGAUGUCACUCUACAGAAAAACCCUAUAAAUGUAAGGAAUGUGGGAAAGCUUUCAGACGAGCUUCACACCUAACUCAACAUCAGAGUAUUCAUACUGGUGAAAAACCCUACGAAUGUAAGCAAUGUGGAAAGGCCUUUAGUCGUGAUUCUCAGCUCAGUCUUCAUCAGAGACUUCAUACUGGUGAGAAACCCUAUGCAUGCAAGGAAUGUGGGAAGGCCUUUACUCAAAGCUCACAACUUAUUUUACAUCAUAGAAUUCAUACUGGUGAAAAACCAUAUAAAUGUGAAGAAUGUGGGAAAGCCUUUAUUCGUAGCUCACAACUCACCAGACACCAGAAAGUCCAUACUGGUGAGAAACCUUACGAAUGUAAAGAAUGUGGGAAGGCCUUUACUCAGAAUUCACAACUUACUCUGCACCAGAGACUUCAUACUGGUGAGAAGCUCUAUGAAUGUAAAGAGUGUAGAAAGGUCUUUACUCAGCUCUCACAACUUAUUCUACAUAGAAGAAUUCAUACAGGUGAGAAACCCUAUGAAUGUAAGGAAUGUGGGAAAGCUUUUAUUUGUGGUUCACAGCUUUCCCAGCAUCAGAAAAUUCAUAAUGGGGAAAAGCCAUAUGAAUGUAAGGAAUGUGGAAAGGCCUUUAUUCGGGGCUCGCUACUUAUGCAACAUCAAAGGAUUCAUACUGGGGAAAAACCUUAUAAAUGUGAAGAAUGUGGGAAGGCCUUUAUCCGAGGUUCACAGCUUACUCAACACCAGAGAAUUCAUACUAAUGAAAAGCCCUAUGAAUGUAAGGAAUGUGGAAAGACCUUUAGUCAUGGCUCACAACUUACUCAACAUCAGCGAAUUCAUACUGGUGAGAAACCCUAUCAAUGCAAGGAAUGUGGAAAGGCUUUUAAUCGUGGCUCACUCCUUACUCGACAUCAAAGGAUUCAUACUGGUGAAAAACCUUAUGAAUGUAAAGAGUGUGGAAAAAACUUUAGUCGUGGCUCAGAACUUACUCAACAUGAGAGAAUUCACACUGGUGAGAAACCCUAUGAAUGUAAGGAAUGUGGAAAAUCUUUUAUUCGUGGCUCACAACUUACUCAGCAUCAAAGAAUCCAUACUGGUGAAAAACCUUAUGAAUGUAAAGAAUGCAGAAUGGCCUUUACUCAGAGUUCACAUCUUUCGCAACAUCAGAGACUUCAUACUGGUGAGAAACCCUAUGUAUGUAAUGAAUGUGGGAAAGCCUUUGCUCGUGGCUUAUUGCUUAUACAACAUCAGAGAAUUCACACUGGUGAGAAACCCUAUCAGUGUAAGGAAUGUGGGAAGGCCUUUAUUCGUGGUUCACAGCUUACUCAACAUCAGCGGAUUCACACUGGAGAAAAACCCUAUGAGUGCAAGGAAUGUGGGAAAGCCUUUAGUCAUGGCUCUCAACUUACUCUACAUCAAAGAAUCCAUACUGGUGAGAAGCCCUAUGAAUGCAAAGAAUGUAGGAAAGCCUUUACUCAGAGCUCACAUCUUUCUCGACAUCAGAGAAUUCAUACUGGUGAGAAACCCUAUCAAUGUAAAGAAUGUGGAAAGUCCUUUACUCGUGGUUCACAACUAACUCAACAUCAGAAAAUUCAUGUCAAUGAAAAAUCAUUUGAUUAUAAGGAGUGUGGAAUAGACUUUAGUCAUGAUUCACAAGUUUUUAUAUGAAUUAUCUUAUUCUUUGUGGUCUCACACAUAGCAUUAUCUGGUUAUCCAUUAUUAGUACAGAGUCUUAAAAAUGUGAAUUGGGGACAGAUUUGUCUCAUAAAGUUCAGCAUUGAAAAAUUUAGAUGGGGCAAUGAAAAUGUUAAUGUGGUCUAUGUAGAAAAUAAACUUUUAUUAUUAGAACCCUAUUAAACAUUAGCAAAUUAAAAUAGAAAAUAAUUCUUUUAAUGUAGUAAGUGUAGGAAAGUCUUUAACCAUAGAAAAUAUCUUUUUCAAUAUACUCUUGGCUCUGCCCAUUUAUUUCCUUUAUGACAUUUGUCAUAAAAUACCAUUACUUUGAUUUAAUUGUUUGUAAGGUAGACCUAGGAAUAAUACAUUUUUGUAAGAUUCUUGAAAGUAUUAUGUGUUAUUACAUGUAAAAGCUCUUAGAACAGUGCCUUGAACAUAGCAUAUCAUGAAUUUUAGGUACUAUUUUCAUUUUUCUUAUUUUAGAAGAUUUGCAUGAGAGGAGGGCACUUAUGAGUGUUGUUAGUAUCAAGAAAUAUUUCAUUAACAUUUAUCCCAGGUUAUUUGGGGGGUGGCACUACAUGCUGUCAUGAGACAACUUUUGUUCAAUAUUGUAAGAGAAAAUUCAUACUGUAAAGAAGCCGUGUAGUAUCAAUGGGUUAUUAAGAAAAACUGUUACAGAAUUUAGGACAAGCGUGAAGUGAUUUGUUAUAGAGUCUACAUAUUUGCAUCUUUCACCAUCUCUGACAAUUCAAGAAUAUUAUUUAGAAAUGAAAAAAAAUAGCCAGAAUAAACCUACUAGGAAAUUUUUUUAAAAACUUGAAUGUACUUUUCAGUUAAACUGAAAAUAAAGAUUAACAUGCACAGACUAUGUUGAAACAGAAAAAAAGACGAGUUUGCAUUAGAGACUAUUUCCCUACCCAAUAUCCAUUUUUCUCUUUAAUAAUAAAUCCUGGGCUAAAACACUA